AUGGGGGGCCUGAAUCUGCUCAGAUUGACGGUGGUCCUAUGCUCUGUCACCCUCAGUGCCUCUGCCUGGUCAGUGAACAAUUUCCUGCUAACAGGUCCCAAGGCCUACCUGACCUACACAACUAGCGUGGCCCUGGGCGCCCAGAAUGGCAUUGAAGAGUGCAAGUUCCAGUUCGCUUGGGAACGUUGGAACUGUCCAGAGAACGCGCUGCAGUUAUCGGCUCACAGGCUGAGAAGUGCCACCAGGGAGACGUCCUUUCUCCAUGCCAUCAGCUCUGCCGGAGUCAUGUACACCAUCACCAAGAACUGCAGCAUGGGCGACUUUGAAAACUGCGGCUGUGAUGAGUCAAAGAAAGGAAAAACAGGAGGCCAUGGCUGGAUCUGGGGAGGCUGCAGCGACAACGUGGAAUUUGGAGAGAGAAUCUCCAAGCUCUUUGUGGACAGCCUGGAGAAGGGGAGGGACGCCCGCGCCCUGAUGAACCUUCACAACAACAGGGCGGGCCGGCUGGCAGUGAGAGCCACCAGGCAAAGGACCUGCAAGUGCCACGGCAUCUCUGGGAGCUGCAGUAUCCAGACGUGCUGGCUCCAGCUGGCUGACUUCCGGGAGCUGGGCGACUAUCUAAAGACCAAGUACGACCGGGCACUGAAAAUCGAGAUAGACAAGCAGUGGUUAAAGGCUGGUAACAGCGCUGAGGGUCACUGGGCACCCACCAAGGCCUUCCUGCCAAGCGCAGAAGCCGAAUUGGUCUUUCUAGAGGAUUCCCCAGAUUACUGUACCCGCAAUUCCAGCCUGGGCAUCCUUGGCACAGGGGGCCGCGAAUGUGUGCAAGGCAGCCGCCACACCUUGCAGAGGGGCCAGGGCAGCUGCGGGCGCCUGUGCACAGAGUGUGGCCUGCAGGUGGAAGAGACGAUGGCUGAGGCCGUCAGUAGCUGUAACUGCAAAUUCCACUGGUGCUGCACGGUCAAGUGUGAGAAGUGCCGGCAUGUGGUGAACAGGUACAACUGUGUACACCCACGCAGGGCUUGA